CCACUAAUUUGGUGUGGAAUUUACUAAUAGGCCAAUUGUGAAAGAAGAAAAGAGCAGGCUUUUCCUUGAAAUAUUAAUGGCUAUGAGUUGUUAAAGUAGUCUUUAUACUUCUGUUGUUGCAAUUUGUCACAAUCGCAUCUGCGUAGCUUGAGUUGCUGAGUUGUUCAAUUGGUUGUGUUGUAUAAGCAUAAAUGUUUGUAAUAGGCAAAUGGCUGAUUUCUUUUUUUUUAUUCUUCUUUAUGUGUGUGGUUCAUGUCUGUGAUCUUAUCGAUAUAAAGAUGCAUUCUUUCUUUGUAUCUUGAAAUUUAGUUCAUCUGAUUUUUUUGGUUGCCACUAUUUCGAAAUCACUUUACCAUUAAAAAAGUAUGCAAUGGUGGUGCCAUUCAGUUGAUUUUCUGUAUAUCCUUUUAUUCCUAUCACAAAGGUAUGUGUUGAUGAUUGAUGAACCAAUGGAAGAACAUAUAGUGAAACUCCAUGGCUCCUAGUGUCUAAGAUAGUAUUGAUCACACGUCAUAUAGACUUCUGCUGUCCGAUGUAGCCGAAGAACUGCUGAUGUUGGUAAUUCUACCUUCACUUUUGCAAAAAAUACUCCGAACUGCCGCAUGAUUAUCAUCAUUAUUCAGCUGCUAAUGGGGUAACAAUUUCUCAAGUGUGUGCAGUCCUAUAUUAUGUAUAGGGUCCUAAUUCUUUUCAUGGUGUUGUUACCAAUUUCCAACAGAUUAAACCAUUUUGAUUUGUAGGUUUAUUCGGAUCUUGUUGCACUUCUAUGCUUGUCCAAUAACGUCCCAUCAAAGCUUUCUUGGUUCUAUCCUUUUAAUAAUUACUUUCCCUUAUUGUCUUAUAUGUCAUUGCUGUGCAAAAGUCAUUUCACACUAUAGUUCUUCAUUUGUAUUCUUAUAGUUCGGUUGGUGCUGCUCUUCUGAACAUGAGUACCUAAGUGUAGAAUUCUGUUGCAUUUACUAGUACCUAGACAUUCUAGUUUCAAUCUGCUUUGCAUUUAUAAUAGAAUUAGAGCCUGUUUGGAGUGGCUUAUCUAUGGUGCUUUUAAGCUUAAAUGACUUUUAAGCACUUUUGAAGUGUUUGGAUGAAAUUAAAAGUGCUUUUAAGUACUUGUUUUAAGUCAAAAUAGCAAAACUAAGCCAAAGGCAAUAAGCCAAGGGGCCAGAGUGGGUUCUUAACAGAUUAUUGAAAGGCUUAAGAGCUAAAGGAAUCUGAAGAAGUAAAUCAUAGAGACAUCCAUUGUUGCAUGUUGUGACAUUUGAGUUGACUAUUUUCUAGUCCCCAGUUGCAUUUUGUUUGAAACCAAGUUUUUAGCAUCGUCAUGUUAUGGUGAAAGAGGCAUUAGAAGCAGAUCCUAAGUUUAACUCUGUUUCCAGCUGACCUAAACAACCUAGAGCAGACAGAUGGUGUAAUAAUCUGUAUGUCGCUUCUAUAUUCCCAUGGCUAUGUGAUCUGUGAGCUUUUAGCUUUCUGGCCUAAUGGCUGUAGGGGUGUUCAAUGUUUAAUCAUCUUGUAUCCGAGAGAGGGCUUUUUCUGUAGUUUGCUUUGCAGCUGGGAAUCUGUCUUUUUGCUCAGAGUUUAAAGAGCUUCUGAAGCUGCCAAUCAGUUGUCAUGCUAUUGAGUUUUUGACCAAAUUCAUCCUUGUUCUUUUCACCUCAACUUCCAUACAUCCUUAUAAUACUCUACUUAACUAAGAACAUCCUUUAGGUUUCUAAAGAAAUUAUCAAAAACAUCUUCUGUUAAAUAUUUCAUCCUUUUCUAAUAAUCUUUAUAUCAGUAUCAGUUUAUAAGAAAAUAAAGAGAAACAAAAGAAGAAUCGCCCAGAAACAAAGACUUGACCUAAUGAACACUGUGUAACCGUCUUCAACCACAGUCUCCGUAUAUGUAAAAAAUAUAUUCCCAUUUGAGGGUUUGGAUAUGGAACAAUUUGGAGCAAUGGAUUUUUGAAUAGUUCACCCAGCUGAGAGAACUGACUUAGAAGGUUCUUCCUUUUUUUUUUUUUUUCUCUGUUGUUUCUUGGGGUUGUUCCUUAUCACUCUUUUCUUUCAUGUUCUGACUUCUGAGAAAUAAUCUAUAAUUUAGCCAAAACUAUGUAUAGGCACAUUUUUCUGAAAGUACCAAGGUUGUGUUGAGUCAUUAUUCUACUUAUUGAAUUAUUCAAUAACUAAUGAGGCUGCCCAAUAGCUUGGUGUCCAACGAGCUAAGAGCAUCAAAACUGGAGAACUACUUGGAGAAGAAGGGAUUUCAGCAAUGUUCUCUGGCCAAGUAAAGUUCUUUUUGUUCUUUGAAGAGCUGGUGGAAUUCUUUUUGAAAAAGAAAGAAUAACUAAGAGAUGAAGCGAAACUGAGAAAAACAGAUUCAGUUAGAAAAGAAUGAAAAAGUAAACAGAAGGGUGUUUUUGGUCAUAUUUUGGAAAUUUAAACAAUGUUCUUAGUUGAGUGAAAUAUUACAAGGAUGUCAUGAAAGUUGAGGCAAGACAAUAGUGAUGAAUUUGGUCAAAAAUUCUCAUGGUAAUGCUCUUACGUGAGAUUUAUUACAAUCGAAUCCCUAAAAUAGACCUUACAAAAGCCAUAUAUUUAGUGGUCAUUUUCAGUCCCAAGCCUAUGUAAAAGCUUUGAUAAGAAUCCUUUAGUAGCUUUUGCAUAUCUUCAACUUUUGUAUGUUCAACAAACGUGUAUUAUUGCAGUGUGGGACUGACUAUGUCGAGUUGCAUUAUCACCCAGGGAAUUCCCGGAAGAUGCGUUAUGUUUAUUUUCUUCUGGUUGCUGGUAGAUGAUUGUAUUGGCAAAACCAACUUCUGUGUCAAUUUAUUUCCAUCACUGAUAUCAGAUGUUGCACAAUACCUGUUUUCUUGCUUCAAGUGUUGUCACGAUCCUGGUAUAAGCUCGGGAACAAUAUUACUACGCAAAGAAAGUGAAAACCCAUGGAUUCUCGAUCUACUUCUUUCGAGAUUCUUUUUUGUGGAGCAACAAUAGAAGGCCACUGGGUAAUCCUAAUUGCAAACGUUAGCUUCACUCUCCCUUGUGUAAGAAACACAAAUAUGUGCCAUUUUCUAUACGUUGUCAUUUUUUAUUGAAAUUAGGAACAUUUUAGUUAAAAUAAAUAUUAAGAGUAGAGCAGUCUUCAAAAAUAACCUUUUUUCUUAAAAGAAAUAAUGGUGUGGGCGGUUGACACCGCAACUUCCAAAGCACCAUCUGUGAAAUCAAUAGUGAAGUGUUUUAUCAUAUCCGUGAACACGUUUACAGCCUUUGGCAGUACUACUUCAUCACCCUAAUCUAACUUAUGUUUAUCCUUCCUCUUCGAUCAUUGAUGAGGAUGAGUCAUAAUGAAGAUAAACCCAUAACAUAUGGGGACGUGUUUUUUGUGUCCAGUGAAGUUAGUUCAGAAACUAUAUCAGCAGAAGAUGCAUCAAUAAUGCAAUCAGUAGAGAGUGUAGCCCUGGGUCAUGUUCCGCGAGGCGGCCCUGCAUCACUCAUGCAGUCAGCCGCCUCACAGAAUGAGCGUAUGGGUGUGGUAGAUACUAAGGAUUUCGCCACGGAACGCGGCGUUACUGUUUCUCAAGUGGAAGUUGGGGGUACUCGUCUUGUUUCUGAAUCCGUAGGUGGAGAGGUAGUUGCACAGUAUAUUUAUCCAUCAGGUGCAGCAGAUGAAGAGAGAUCAACACGAUAUCCUACGACAGGAGUUCAAGAGGAUGCAGUUACGGUAGGUGAAGCACUAGAGGCAGUGGCACUUAAGCCUGAGGGGAACAAACCAAUUGAACAGAGCGAUGCUGCAGCCAUACAGGCUGCAGAAGCAAGAGCUACUGGACGAAGUGAAGUAGUGCCAGGAGGCGUAGGAGCGGAAGCUCAAUGUGCUGCUUCGAUAAAUGCUCAAACGGAUGACAAGACCACACUCAGAGAUGUGCUAAAAGAUGCAACGAGCAAGCUUAUAGAAGAUAAAGCAGCGAAGAGGGAAGAUGCAGAAGGCGUGGUGGGUGCUGAAAUAAGAAAUACGCUCGACUUGGCUACACAUCCGGGAGGUGUAGCAGCCUCCAUCACCACAGCAUCUGAUCUCAACGAAUUCUAAUGAAUGUAUUUGUUUUGGUUUUUGUCUAGGUAGUUGAGUGCAGUGACACGGAUUCAGGACCUUUUCGGAAUUUUGAAUCCUCUAAAUUACUAGUCAACCUUUAGUCUUGUAUUAAAGAGAUUAAAAAUAAUUUUAAAAAAAUUAACUUAAUCUUUUUUCGAGGGGGUUUUGAUGAA